AUGCAGAAUGGUUUUGUUCAAUAGCUUAUAAUAUAGAUACCUCAACUAUGUUAGUAGGUUGUAACAAAUUUAUUAAAGUAUUUGAAUACAAAUAAGAAUAAUUAAAAUAAACUCAGCUUCUAAAUAAAUAUUUAAAUGAAGUUCUUAUGUAUUUUUUAAAAAGUAAAGCAUACUUUGAAUUUUAUGUAGAAAUCAAAUUAAUAUAUCUUUGGAAGUUAUGAGUUAAAAAUAUGGUCUUUCAAUAAAAAAUUAAUGGAUUUAUAAAUAGAAAUUAAAUAAACAUACAAGUUAUAUUCGCUGUUUAUAAUUGAACAAUGA